GAGCCAAAGCACAGGAGGAGGGAGAGUGCUUUCAGUUUGACUUCGAAGAGUUUCUUUACAUGGGGACGAAAAAAUGACAUCUACAGCCAGCGAAAGGAGGGCGUUCGCUCAUAAAAUCAACCGAACGGUUGCUGCCGAGGUCAGAAAACAAGUGUCCAGAGAGUAUGGCUCUCCUCAGCUGUCAAAGAAGCGAGGCGGUGCACACCAACCCUUGCCCCUGACAGAGGUGGUUGAGCCGGUGGAUUUUGAGGAGUAUGUGAGCAGUCACGCUCCAGCCGUGGAGCCUGGCCCACUCAGACAGCUAAUGGAGUUCCCCCAGGAUGACCUGGAGCUCCUCCAGCUGGACAAAGAGUGCACUACACUGGAGCCCCCACUGCCAGAGGAGGAGGACUCAUUGGAUCCCAGAGUGAGAGAUGCCUUGGCAGUCUACACAGACGACUGGCUUGUCAUUCAGAGAAAGUAUCAGCGCUACAGCACCACAUACACCCCUCAGAACUCUGAGCGACAGAGGGAGAGGCAGCGAGGCCUGGUCAAACAGACCUUUGAACUGGACGCCGCUGCCGCCGCCGAGCGUCAGGAUGACCAGGAUGACGCAAAGCGGCGGUCAGUUAGCCUUGAUGAGACCCCUCGGGGCAGCUGGGCCUCCAGCAUCUUCGACCUGAAGAACUCCUCCCCAGACGCUCUCCUGCCGUCCGUGCUGGAACGUACAGCUGCCGAGGACAUGGACCGCCGCAAUACGGAGGCACGCCUGCAGGGGCGCCACAGUGACCUGCUGGGCCUGUACCCUCCCCCUGAUGAGGAUGAAGCCGUAGAGAGAUGCUCUGUUCCUGAAGUGCCCAAAGAACAUUGUGGCCAGAGGAUCAUGGUCAAGUGUCUGUCUCUGAAAUUUGAAAUAGAAAUUGAGCCAAUAUUUGGAACACUUGCCCUCUAUGAUGUCAAGGAAAAGAAGAAGAUCUCUGAGAAUUUUUACUUUGACCUGAACUCGGAUCAGAUGAAAGGGCUGCUAAAACCCCACACACCUCACAUAGCCAUAUCCACACUGGCCCGGUCUGCCAUUUUCUCCAUCACAUACCCUUCCGCCGAUAUCUUCUUAGUCAUUAAGCUUGAGAAAGUCCUUCAACAAGGAGACAUUGGAGAAUGCUGUGAACCCUACAUGGUCAUGAAAGAGUCAGAUUCCUCUAAGCACAAGGAGAAGCUGGAGAAGCUGCGUCUGCAGGCAGAGCAGUCAUGCAGUCGUCUUGGUCAGUUUCGCAUGCCUUUUGCCUGGACAGCCAUUCACCUUCUCAACAUUGUCAGCAGUGUAGGAGGUCUGGAUCGGUCAGACCCGGACUCUGACUCUGAGCGAAAAAGUCAUGGGACAUGGAAUGAGAGAAAGAAGAAGGGGUUUGAGCGGAUGAGCGUUGGGGACGACAUGUGUAACUUUGCCACUUUCCGACCUGCAACGCUCACUGUCACUAACUUCUUCAAACAGGAGGGGGACAGACUAAGUGAUGAGGACCUCUACAAGUUUCUGGCAGAUAUGCGCCGACCAUCAUCUGUUCUGCGGAGACUGAGACCCGUCACAGCCCAGUUGAAGAUCGAUAUCUCUCCAGCUCCGGACCUGCCUCAUUACUGUCUGUCACCGGAGCUGCUCCACGUGAAGCCUUACCCUGACCUGCGUGUUCGCCCAACCAAAGAGGUGCAGGAGUUCCCUGCUCGCUAUGUGUACACUCCACACACCACCUACAGGAAUCUGCUAUACGUUUACCCACAAACUCUGAACUUCAGCAGUCGCCAGGGCUCGGUGAGAAACAUUGCUGUGAAAGUUCAGUUCAUGGCAGGAGAGGACCCCAGUCAAGCUUUGCCGGUCAUCUUUGGAAAGUCGAGCUGUGCUGAGUUCAUGAAAGAGGCGUACACCCCUGUCAUCUACCAUAACAAGUCUCCUGAGUUCUACGAGGAGAUGAAGAUGAAGAUUCCUGCCAAUCUGACAGAUAACCACCAUCUGCUGUUCACCUUCUACCACAUCAGCUGCCAGCCCAAACAGAACACUCCUCUGGAGACCCCUGUGGGCUACACUUGGAUCCCUCUGAUGCAGCAUGGCCGACUACGCACUGGCUCCUUCAGUCUGCCUGUCUCGGUGGAAAAGCCCCCGCCUAGCUACUCUGUACUCACCCCUGACGUUCAGCUCCCAGGCAUGAAGUGGGUGGAUAAUCACAAAGGAGUGUUCAAUGUCGAGGUGACAGCAGCUUCCUCGGUUCACACUCAGGACCCCCACCUGGAUAAGUUCUUCACUCUCGUGUAUGUUCUGGAGGAGUACUCUUUCCCCUUCCGCCUGAAGGACGUCAUCAUAACCGAGGCAAACAUGGAGGGGGAGCUGAAGGCCAGCAUAGCUGCACUGAGAGGGUCUCUGCUGGACACCUGUGUCAGGUUUUUGCACCAGCUGCUCAAUAAGCUCAUUCAGCUCAUCGUCUACCCACCGGUCAUUGCGGGUCAAAUUGUGAACCUGGGCCGUGCUGCCUUCGAAGCUAUGGCAUUGUUGGUCAACCAGAUGCACAAGAACCUGGAGGGGAACCAGGAUCAGCACGGCCGCAACAACCUGUUGGCAUCCUACAUCCACUACUGCUUCCACCUGCCCACCGCCGAACCUGUAAUGCCCCCGACAGGAGCGGGCACUCAGUCUUACGAGAUGCCUAUGCAGUACGCCACCUUAUCGAGAGCAACCGCCCGCCCAAGCAGCCUGCACCUAUCCCGCUCCAAGAGUAUCAGCAACUCCAACCCUGACCUGGCCAGCACACCGGUUUCUCCUGACGAAGAGGUGCAAAGGAUCAUAGGGAGCAAGGGCAUUGACCGCUCCCACUCCUGGGUAAACUCUGCUUAUGCCCCUGGGGGCUCCAGAUCUGUGCUACGCCGGAACCCCAACUCCAGCUGUGAGCUCAAGCAGCUACUCCAUGAGGAGCUGGCAUUACAGUGGGUGGUCAGCACCAGCACAGUGAGGGAAGCAGCGCUGCAGCAGGCCUGGUUUUUCUUCCAGCUUAUGACAAAGAGCAUGGCCAAUCACUUAUUCCUGACCUCGAAAUUAGACAUUGCCAGGCGUCAGCGUUUCCCAGACCGCUUUGUGGACGACAUUGCUGCACAUGUGUGCGCCAUCAGUGCAGACAUUGCCAACCGAUACCACAAGGAUGUGGAGCUUGUGGAGAGGUUAAACAACAGUCUGGCCUUCUUCCUGAAUGACCUGCUGUCUCUCAUGGACCGGGGCUUUGUGUUCAACCUAAUGCGCUCCUACUACAAACAGAUUGCCAGCAAGCUCCACACUGCGCAGAACCCCAGCUCUCUGAAUGCACUGAGGAUGGACUUCACUCGUAUCGUCUGCAGCCACGAGCACUAUGUCAUCCUCAACCUGCCGUGCUCAACCCUCAGCCCUCCAGCCUCCCCCUCCCCCUCGACAUCCUCCACCACUUCACAGAGUUCAGCGUUUUCCAGUAUGGUGCAAGACCAAGGUGUGGCCACCAUGUUUGAGCUCUCCGUCCCUUUUCGCCACCAGCACUUCCUGUCUGGUCUGCUGCUUACCGAGCUCUCUCUCAUUCUUGAUCCUGAUGGAGAAGGGGUUUUCUUCCUUCAUAAAAAGGCCAUUAGUGCUGUUCACUCCCUGCUCUGCAGCCAUGAUGCAGACCCCCGCUACAGUGACCCUCAGGUCAGAGCCCACAUUGCUCAGCUCUACCUGCCCCUCAUCCCCAUUGUCAUGGAGACACUGCAUCAGCUUCACGACUUCUCUGACUCCUCGCCUGCGCGGGUCCGCCAUGCCUCAGCCCACACCGAUGACGCUGACCCAGACGGUAGCAACACUAUCAGUCAGUCUGUUGCCAUGGCGAUUGCCGGCUCCCCUCUGCCGCAUGCCAAAGCCAACGCAUUUGCACUACCCACAGUGGCUGGGCGGCAGUCCAGCUCUCUGUCCGCUGAGUGCAGCAGGACUCUGCUGGUGUGUUUCCUGUGGGUGCUGAAGAAUGCAGAUGCAGCUCUCCUGGAGCGCUGGGUGUCUGAUUUGUCUGUGUUGCAAAUCAACCGCCUGCUGGAUCUGCUGCAUCUCUGUGUCUCCUGCUUUGAAUACAAGGGGAAGAAGGCUCUGGAGAGGAUCAACAGCUUAACGUUUAAAAAGUCUCAGGACAUGAAGGCCCGACUGGAGGAGGCCAUACUGGGCACCAUUGGGGCUCGUCAGGAGAUGGUUCGCCGCUGUAGGGGUGCGUUGCAUGAGAGCACAUUAGUGUGUGUGUGUAGCUGUUUUUGUUUGAGGUGUUUGUUUGGCUGUGCUCAUGGAAACUAUAAUUUGUUUACUCUUCCAGAAAGGAGUCCCUAUGGCAGCCAAGAGAACGUUAGGUGGAGAAAGAACGUCACUCACUGGAGACAAAACACAGACAGAGUGGAUAAGACUAAAGCUGAGGUGGAGCAGGAGUCUGUGGUGGAUGGAAACCUAGCUACUGAGGCCUCUCUGAUAGUACUAGACACACUGGAGAUUGUAGUCAAGACUGUGGUGGCGUCAGAGCUGAAGGAAAGUGUUCUAGGCGGGGUACUGAGAGUGCUGCUCCACAGCAUGGCAGGCAACCAGAGUGCCCUCUUCCUGCAGCACUGCUUCACUACACAGAGGGCUCUGGUUUUCAAGUUCCCAGAGAUGCUGUUUGAAGAGGACACUGAGCUUUGUGCAGACCUGUGCCUCCGUCUCCUUCGUCACUGCAGCAGUAGUGUCGGCUCUGUCAGAAGUCAUGCCUCCGCCUCUCUUUACCUGCUCAUGAGGCAGAACUUUGAGAUUGGAAACAACUUUGCACGAGUGAAGAUGCAGGUCACCAUGUCUCUGUCCUCGCUGGUGGGAACGUCGCAGAACUUCAACGAAGAGCAUCUUCGUCGGUCGCUCAAGACGAUCCUAACAUAUGCUGAAGAGGACUUGGAGCUGCGUGACACGCCCUUCCCGGAGCAGGUCCAGGAUCUGGUGUUCAACCUGCACAUGAUUCUUACUGACACUGUGAAGAUGAAAGAGCAUCAGCAGGAUCCAGAGAUGCUCAUUGACUUAAUGUACAGGAUUGCCAAGGGCUACCAGAACUCACCAGACCUGCGUCUUACGUGGCUCCAGAACAUGGCGGGAAAACACUCUGAGAGAGGGAACCAUGCCGAAGCUGCCCACUGUCUGGUCCACAGCGCCGCACUGGUGGCAGAAUACCUCAACAUGCUGGAGGAUUGCCGCUACCUGCCAAUUGGUUGUGUCACUUUUCAGCACAUUUCAUCCAAUGUAUUGGAGGAGUCAGCAGUAUCUGAUGACGUCCUGUCUCCAGAGGAGGAGGGGAUUUGUGCUGGGAAGUACUUCAGCGAGUCUGGCCUGGUGGGCCUCCUGGAGCAAGCAGCUGCGUCUUUUAACAUGGCAGCCAUGUACGAGGCCAUAAACGAAGUGUACAAGAUUCUACUGCCCAUCCAUGAAGCCAACAGAGACUUCAAAAAGCUGGCUACUGUUCACGGGAAACUGCACGACGCCUUCAACAAAGUCUACAACCAAAGUUCAGGAUGGGAGAGAAUGUUUGGGACUUACUUCCGGGUCGGUUUCUAUGGCUGCCGAUUUGGAGACCUGGAUGAACAAGAGUUCGUCUACAAGGAGCCGUCAAUCACCAAAUUAGCCGAGAUUUCCCACAGACUUGAGGAGUUCUACUCAGAGAGGUUUGGGGAUGAGGUGGUUGAAAUCAUCAAGGACUCCAACCCAGUGGACAAAACCAAACUGGAUGCCAACAAGGCCUACCUCCAGAUCACCUAUGUCGAGCCGUACUUUGAUACAUACGAGCUAAAGGAAAGGAUCACCUACUUUGACAAGAACUACAACCUGCGUACCUUCAUGUACUGCACUCCCUUCACGCUGGACGGCCGAGCCCACGGCGACCUGCACGAGCAGUACAAACGCAAAACCAUUCUGACAACAUCUCAUGCCUUCCCUUACAUCAAGACGCGUAUCAACGUUAUCCACAAGGAGGAGAUCAUUCUUGUCCCCAUGGAGGUGGCCAUUGAGGACAUGCAGAAGAAGACUCAGGAGCUCGCCUUCGCCACAAACCAAGACCCUGCGGACUCUAAGAUGCUGCAGAUGGUGCUGCAGGGCUGUGUGGGCACCACUGUCAACCAGGGCCCCCUUGAGGUGGCGCAGGUCUUUCUUUCCGACAUCCCUAAUGACCCAAAGCUGUUUCGCCAUCACAACAAACUGCGCCUCUGCUUUAAAGACUUCAAUAAGAGGUGUGAGGAUGCCCUGAGGAAGAAUAAAGCCCUGAUUGGACCAGAUCAGAAGGAGUACCACAGAGAGCUGGAGAGGAACUACAACAAGCUGAAAGAAGCUCUGGGUCCUCUCAUCAACCGCAAGAUCCCUCAGCUAUACAGAACCCUGCCAGCUCAGACUACGCAAACACAACGGAACUCCUACAGUAGGUCCAGUCUCCGCAGAGUUGACUGUUGAGGCACAGAAAACUGGAUAACACCACAGAACAACAAGCUUUAGAAAUUAGCACCAUCUCUUCCCGUCUGUUCCCCCUCCCCCCACUGCACCGCACACCAACUGUCACACGUACUAUCCUCCUUUACCCCACCCCACCCCACCCCACCCAGGCCACCCAGCCAUGCCAUAAUCCCCCUACCACACACAUGCAAACACACACACACACUUGUCACCUCUUUCCCAUCUCCCCCAUUAGAAACACUCUCACACCUCGGAAGGAGAAAACCUUCGCUGUUUAUGCUGGAAGGUUUUCUGCACUGUAAACAUCGUCAUUGACAUGUCAGCGUUUAAAACCAAGUUUUCAAAAGCUGUCUCCUCACUGACAAUCCAAAGUAAUCUAUCUGAGCCUGAGCUGGUUUUAACUUUAGUUUUUGCAGGAUUAGAGCUGCCAAACACAUUUUGUAACCAAAUCAUUUGGUUGUUUAUUCAUGAAUGUGACUGUUUUACUUUUUCUUCUUGUGUUUGCUUUUGAAGAGGCUGUAGGUUGUCUGUUUUGUGUCGCGGCCUUAUUUAAUUUGAGAUUUUUUUCUAAACUAUGCCUGGUCAAUGCCAGACUUAGUUAUUAAAUAGUCCCAGGGAGUUUUCUUUUUUUAUCAACAGACCAAAUAACUGACAUUCCUUCUUCCUCAGGUCGUCACAUUUAUCUGCCCAUCUCCCGUUAUGAGAGUUCAUUAUAGAGAGGAGGUGGGAGGACCAGGAGGGACACACUAUAGCUGCAGUUUAAGGGGAAAGCAUUACUGUGGUGGGGGGGAAAGGGCAGGAACGGAUGUUUAAAUGUGUUUUUUAAACUGUGAAAUUCUCCUGUAAUGCACUGCCGUCACAUCAGAUGUUUAUCACAGAAGCGCUGCCCUCAGCCCGGCCGUCCCCUUCACCCACACAAAUAUGUUCAAACUGUGACAUUUACUAUCACCCUGCAGUAACUGGAUACAUUUUGUCUGUGUACUUUAAGACAGACUGUAUUUGAACUUCUGUUGAAAAGCGCCUCCAAAUGUCUUAUAUGUGUCCACCACCCUGGCUGUGGAAGAUUUGUAUUCAUAGUAGCCAUUAACAACUACUGUAUCUAUUAUAUUGCACUAUUGUAGUACUACAAACUGCAGCACAUUAACACUGUAACUACUAAAAUAUCUGUGCUUUUAUUUUACAAGGCUGGAAAUUGUUUUUUAACCCAUUAGAUGAACAUUUUGUUAUUUAUUUACACUUUUUACUGCAUUCUAUUAAAUUUCUCUUCCUAUGCCUCUGUUCAGCUUCUGUUUGUGUGGCUACAGAGCUGAAGGAUAGACACUGUAAACACAUGGAGUAGUUUAAAUGCUAAUUUCAGUCACUGUGAUACAUUUUUAAACCAGUUUUUUAAUGACAGUUAUUGAAAAUAUGUAAGAUUCACAUUAUGAUUUUAGUCUGAGCUCUUCAGUAGUCUGUUUGUAUCGCAUUGUAAUAUGAUAAGUCAGUCUUGAAAGGGAUUUGUUUGUUUAAUGUUCAUUGUACUAUCUAGCAAAGCCAACUGUUCUGGUCUUGGAAAUAUUUUUGAAAUAUUCUUUUUUGUACAUUGAAACACACAGAACAAAGCAGAUUCAGACCAUACAGAAAAUGUGCAUUGAGCAAGUUUUUUUUUUUAGUAAAGCUAUUUGACGUUAAUUUCAUGUUACUUGCCUCAAGUCUUAUUUUAAGGUGAAGGAUUUCAUGUCCAAGGCAAACAUUUAUAAAUACACAUGGAUAUAUCA